GGGGUUCUUUUUCUGUUCGCUCUCUUUCCUUUAUUCCAUCGGCAAUGCAGAUCUCGUUCUAUUCUAUCUACUAUCCGUAUUCGGAGCUGAAAAGCAGGCAGAUUGGGAGCGCGGGUCAGCCUUGGUCGUUAAGGAUGGGCUUAUUUUUUCUUUGAAUUUUUUUUUUCUGGAGAAUAACGAAAGGGAUACUAAUUUGUUUAAGUCUUCACCAAACAAAAUUCAUUCAUGGAGGCCAUGUUGACAAAAGGGAUACUAAUUUGUUUAAGUCUUCACCAAACAAAGUUCAUUCAUGGAGGUCAUGUUGAAGACGUUCUUGAAUUUGGAUACUAUUGUGCUUUCAUUAUAUAUGCACCUACUAGUGCUAGAGCUAGUGGUCCCUUCGUUGGUGAUUGGUCCGUGCUCUCGCGCGACACAGGAGCAGAUAUAUCUACUCCAUUUUCUACCCACCUAGUAGAAAUGAGAUUCAUUCAAGUAGAUGUAGAAGCUACAGCUUGUCUAGUAGAACUAGAAACGGACGCGGCCACUUGUAACCUGGUGUUAUUUGACCACAUCAUGGACAUGUAAUAAAACCUGGCUGCCUAGACCUUCCAGAUCUUCGGUUUAUAGGAUCUACUAGUAUUAAGAUUAACAAGUCAUGGAUGUCGAGGACGAGAUUGACGAGAUGUCAUGAUGAAGAACAAAGAUGAUGUUUUACUAUUACUAAGUCUUCCUCUACUGUUCCCUCCGUCUAUUACCUAUUUGAAUUUGUCUUUUGUUGAAACACUUCUUCUUCUCUCAGUCUUCCACCCAGCAGCUCGUGUUCCGAAACUUUUCGCAAUUUUUUUGUAAUAACUGAUUUUUUAUUACUGCUGGAAGUGGAAGGCGAGAGGGAUGAUUUCUAUUAAAAUUCCAGAAUAAUAUUACCAUCAUCGAUCCUAGAUCUUUGAGACACCAUCUAAAAUACUUGACCACGAAAAGCACAGAGGCAAUUUUACUGGAUGGGGAGCCUGGGCUUUGGGUUUCGUGCUUGUGAUGAUUGCGCACGUUGGCAUAAUAUACGGCGGAUUGCAUUUCCUGAGAUUUAGAGGCGCUGGAAACAAGGGACGCCAGGACAAGGCACUCACGCGAGUCUGGAGGAUGAGGUGGCAAAAUAGGCUCCUGCGCAAGAAAAUGGGGAGGCUUGGGUGUGAGCAGUAUGAUUCGGUUGAUGAGGACCUUGCACAACUGCAGUCCUCGCCAGUCUACGCUGAUUAUGGCUCUCAAACAAUACAAAUGUUUCACUUUCAUCUUUCCAACUCAUCUUACUUUCAAGGAUUUUUUUGGAAUUGCUUACUCUACUUACUCAUCUGAUUCUAAAAACUAAAACAUGAGUUUACCAUCUAGAUAGCGCGUCAGCAUCUCGUGGCACUGGCCCUAUUAGUAUCCAGUACAACUCUAGUACUGUACACCGCAGUAGACGAAGUGAAACAAAUGCUGGCAGAACAAAGUCGCAUAACCACGAAGACGAGUAUUUUUCUUCAGCCCUGCUAAUGCUAAUACGAGGAAGAAGCAGGACGAGACGGAAUUCCAUGUAGUGCUGCUGCUGCGUGUUGCGCAGACGCUACUCUCUUGAACACUUCUCGAAUUCCGUUCAGGUUGGUUCGAGUAUGUUUUCUGGUGUGGGGAUUCUUUAUCUAUCCGGUCUCUUUUCUCUAUCUAUUCGGGAGUGGUGAAUCCGUCCUACCACGUCUAGUGUCCGCAUUCUUGUUGGCAGAACAGGAGAAGCAGGUGGAUCGGGAGCGCGGGCUCUUCCUUUCAGUUAAGAAGGGACUGCUGUUUUUUUCAGUGAUUUUAGAUUUUGAUGUAGUGACACAUGCCCAGUUACUGACGCGGAACCUGUUUAAGUAUUAUAGUUACACCUAGACCUAAAGCACGAGAAGAAUGGCCUGUAUUUAUAUCUACUCUCCAUGUCAUCAGCUGCCGAAAAUGAAAGGGAUGGUAGGCCAGUCAAAUCUACUCCCACAUUAUAUAUAGUUACUUCAUAGAUUAUCGUUAUCAGCAAUAGUCAUGUUCUCGGAUUUCCGAUUCGGGGCAUGAUCAUGAUGUUGUUUUACUUCUAUAUUGACAUGAUGAUACUUCAUGAAAUAUGAAUAAUUAGUCUUUGUUCUCUUCUCGUUAUACGUUGUCCUUGUCUUCACGAUUGACUAUUAUAGUGUAGAAAGUUUUUUCGGCUCUCUUUCACUUGGUAGGUCAUGGUCCGCAAGUUAGUAGAGUUAUCAACUAGUAUCUUUUGGUUUUGACUGGCAGAGGCAGGAGUGGAGGACGUCGAAGAGAUAUCACUAAGUAAAGCUUAAAUUUAGAGAAGUAUCAUAGAGAUUGGUCAUUUAUUCUAAUAUACUUGACGAGAAACACAGCAGCAGUUUUGCCAGAUGGGGAGCGUGGGUUUUGGGUGUCAUGCUUAUGGUGAUCGCGCACGUGGGUUUCUGUUGCGGAAGUUACUUUCUACUAACGGCCUGCUUUGAUGCAGCACGAGCGAUGGGCUUUCCUUUUGGUACUGCUGCUCCUGCUUGUCGUUCUAAUGAAACACAAACUAAGCACUUUUUAUCUGCAUUAAUAUUUUUACCGAUACAGUGAUCUAUUUCGCUCUCUUUUUACUAAAACAGAAAGAACCUCCGGCGAUCAUCAUUCUUUUCUCAUUUUUACGAUUUCUUCUAUCGGACUGGCAAUCUUGUUGUUGAUGUUGUCGUCAUGCUGAAGAGAAACGGCAUUUACCGCACAACAGCGGUUGCGCCCUCUUGAGUCUCCCCUAAAAUCAUUGUUGCAAGUAAAUUUUAACUCGAGUAACUGUUUGUGUUUCUAUGUAUUCGAUUGGUACUGCAGCUACUGAUGAGUACUUCCGCAAUGCAACUACUAGAAGAUUGUAGGAAUUUUAAAGCCAAAAGUUAGUAGUGAGCAUAAUUAAUGGACGAUGUACACAACAAUAAUCUCAGGAACAUAUUUAUCAGGUUGGUUUUGUUUUUUUUAAUUCUUAGAAGAGACUCCCGCCUCGCCCUCGUCGUCCAUUGCCCUUGUUCAUCUACUUGUGUCACGACCUCCCUCGCUCCUUCGAUCCUGUAGCAUGAUGCUAGUUUACCAACACUACAUAUGAUAAAUAUAUUAGAGGAUCACUGACAACCACUACCACGACAACUGCUCAGCAUUGUCGAUGCUUCUCUCUCAUUACUUCAACCCUAGGUAAAGAACAAGGCUGGAGUUCGUGGCAAAGCAUAUUACAGCGAGCACGUUCUCGGGAGCUGCAAGCAAAGGGCUGGUUCUGGAUUUUGGUAGUUAUAGGGUACCAUUGUCACGGCUGCAGCGCGAGAGGGAUCGAAGCGCACCGGGAGGUGAAUGCGCCAAGUCCAAGUGGCGACGAGGAUCAACCAGAUGCUGGCGCUUUUAUGUUGGGGGAAAAGCACUCGAUAGUCUAGAACUAGGUACUUAGAGUUUGAUCUUUCUACUCUUACAAUAAGAAAAGGAGAGCUCUCGUAGUUGUGAUAUUUUUUCCUAUAUUCUUUUCUGGAGGUAGCUUGCUGUCUUAUUCUCAUCUGUGAUAUAUCCUCUAAUGCUAAUCAGCAGGCAAUUGUUGUUCAUCUUCUAUCGCGUUCACGAGACAACUAAAAUACUUACUUGCGUAGGCAGUUUUAUUGUGCAAGUUGCUGUUAUGUGCUCGCAGUUACUUAUUUUGUCGUGACUUCAUGCUUACGGGAGAGUGCAGCUCCUGUCACUGUGAGGACUCGGAGGCCUCGGAGGCUCAGCCCGUGGUGCAGCGUGGACCUAAUCUGAGGGGGUCGAUACCGUACCAAGUCGAUGUCGAGGGGAGCGAUUUUUUAGGAUACAAGAAACAUUUGUACCCACACCCAGAAGAGGGCAACACGAAAACCAGGAUCACGCAGAAUGCAUUCCUCGACGUCACAUUGGCUGUCACGAGUCGCAAGGUAAGUCGUUUUCUGCUGGUCAUGGAAAUGCUAGUACUAGUUGCACCACGGAUCAGUAUUGUUUUUUCCUUGAGGAUUCAAAUGGGCGAAGUCGGAGAGUACUUAAUAUUUUAUGGUGAUGAUGUUAAUGUUCUGCAGUAUCAAAAAAAACACGGAGGAGUGCAUGAUUGAUACACCAAAGCCUCCCUUUUCUGUGCGGUGGACCUCCAUGAUUUCAGUUUCAUAUUGAAAGAACUGUCUACACGAAGAGGAAACCAUCUUCAGCAAUAUAUAUAUAUCGAACCGAAAAAUCAUACUAGGCCCGGUCGAUGUGUUGUUCUUGCGGAAAAACGGAGACGCCCACGACAGGACAAGAAGAAGGCAGUGUCGAUAAUGGGUUAGUAGCAGCUCCGAAAGAAGAAGCUCCGAAAGAAGAAGCUCCGAAAGAAGAAGCUCCGAAAGAAGAAGCUCCGAAAGAAGAAGCUCCGAAAGAAGAAGCUCGGAAAGAAGAAGCUCCCCAAGAAGAAGAAAUUCGUCGGGAUGCGUCAGGCGACCAGCUGGGCAAGUUUUUAAGUCUUUCGAUAAUUCAUUUCCACAGCAUUGGUUGUUGCUGAGCAGAUUCUUUAUUUGGAAUCUAAGAGGAAACACGCGGGAAAUGAACCACUGUAGCUGCUAAGUAACCUAAAGGGCGUCGAGAGCGCAAUUAAAAAGAUGUUAUUAAAUGGAGACGAAGAAAACGCUUAUCAACAGGCUCUACUGGAGCUGCGAAACCUAGGUUUCGACGUGCGGGAGAGGAGCGACGAGCCAGACAACAAAACUUUGUACAUCGAGGAGGCGGACAGGCGAUUUACUCCACUUGCUGCGAAGAGGACGAACCAGGUGUCUACCUCUACUCCACUGGCGAAUAUCGCGACUGUGUGUAAGGAAUUCUGCACUAAGACACUACGUCCAACCUGCAAGGAUCUGGACAAGCUAUUUAUAACGGAUAAACGGCUUCCGGAUCUCUGCUGGAAGAUGUUUUACUCGCUGAGCAAUCCAACGACAGGCGAAUCGGGGUGGUUAGCGAAGUUACAAAGUACUUUGAUACAGAAUUCGGGCUCGACCUCGACGGCAGCUCCUUUGGAGAAAUCAACAUUAAGGCCAUUGACAAUUUUUCUCCAUUAGAGCUCCAUUAGGUUUCUUAUCCGUCUUGUGUUAUUUUGUCAAGUAAGGAAAUCGAAACUUGAUAGUUUAUCAAUUGGCUUUCCUGCGCUUCAUUCGGUGAAGGUACAAAAAGGCUGAUAGAGCCUCAUCAUUGGGAUAUAGACCAAUUGAUACGAGGCAUCCUGACUCUGACAUGACAGUCGCGGAACAGUAAAAUGGAAGGACUCAUCUAGACGUAGUGACGCCGCUAAUCAAGACGCAUGUAGGUGAAGCUCAGCCUGGUGUUGUAGG